AAAUAUUUGGAACAAUUGAGACGUGCCCGCAAAGCUGCUUCUUAAAAAGUUCUCCAAAGCGGUUAAAAUCAAUGGCGAGGGUCGUCUCCUACCUCCGCCCUCUCCCCCACCUCCUCUCCCCUCUCCUCCCAUCGCCGACGAUGACGACGAUCUCCAUUAGCAGCGGCGGCGCCGGAGUCGAAGGCACUUCCUUCAAGCUCCUCCUCUCCUGCCCCUCCGGCCUCCCCCAAUCCCGGGUUUUUGUCGACUUUGGUCCAGUACAUGAUAGGGUUCCUCAUCCAGAUGCUAAUUUAGAAGAAUCUAUAAAUGAGAUCUGGAAUCGUCGACUUCAAGAGAAUCCAUCCCUGUACAAUGGCACAAAGUUCCGGUAUGGAGGAUAUUCCUUGCUUGAUGCAGAUGGCUUAGACCAAGAGUUAUCUGUUUGCCUUCUACUUGGUCUGACAGAUUAUAGGACAUUUAUGGGAACAAAUUUGAAUCCUCUAUGGAAGAAGUUUCUUGUUUCAUCCGAAGAUGACUCAGUGUGUUGUCGACACAUGUCAAAUCCAUUGGGUAAUGGUGCAAUAGUGCAAACAUCAGACAGAAGGAUUCUAGUAUUGCAAAGAAGCAAUAAUGUGGGAGAGUUUCCCGGUUACUAUGUUUUUCCUGGAGGUCAUUCAGAGCCACAAGAAAUUGGAAUCUCAGAACAUGAAACUGAUAAAAAUUCGAUGGAUUCUCGGCUUUUGAAUGAAAAGGUUUCCCAAGAGAUGUUCGAUGGAAUUAUCCGCGAAGUGGUCGAGGAAAUUGGAGUUCCUGGAGAGUCUUUGGAUGGAUAUUGGAGCAAUGAAGCUGUAGUUGAAGAGCUUUGACCACAUGAUCUUGAUGAUGUUGACGAAGGUGAUGGUGUGGCAGUGGAGUUGAUAGCAAAAGGAAGCGAAGCGACCAAGGAGGCUAGGGCAAGGGAAUAGAUUGGGUGAGGGUGUAGAUUAGGCGGAGGAGGCCGAGGUGAGGGAUGGGGACGCAGGAGGUGAGGGGUGAGGGAGGCAGGCAGACAAGGUUGGGGAGGCUGGUGGUGAAGGAGCGAUGCGGAGGCUAGAGGGAGAGAGGGCCGGAUGAAUCCCCAAGGUGAUGGAGAGAUGCGGAAGAGGCCAAGAUAAAGGAGAGGUAGAGGAGGGUAAGGAGACCAGUGUUGUGGAAUGGAGAUGGAGGAGCCUGGGGGUUACAUGAAUAAGGUAGAGAAGAUUACAGGUGAGUAAAGAGGCAGGGUGGCAGAGGCAGUUGGGGGUGAAGGAGAGAGGCGACGAGGCCAGGGGGAGGAGGCAGGGAGGCAAAGAAAGCCAUAGUGAUCGGUAUGGGAAGACAGCAAAAUUGGCAAAGGAGGUCAUGUGAGAGAGUAGGCGACAAGUUAGGGCAAAAUGGGAGCUAGAAAUGAUUUUUUGAGGGAAGUCUAUACAGGUUUGAUAAUGCACAUCAGUGCAUGCGUAGCUGUAUGUUCUCAUUAUGUUACAGUUCUGUUUUCUAUGUUCUUGGUGAAUAUCAGUUGGUAAUUGGAUCUACAUCUGCUGUUAUGGUGAAUGCUCAAAUUAUUGUUCCUAUACCUUAUCUUUUUAGAGUAUAUCAUGCCAUUUGUUUUCAUUCUUCAAGUAAUUCUACUCUCUACUUUCUGUCACUAAGACUUAUU